AGCGAAUACUCCCAGUCUACGUUUGCGAGCACUUCUUCUCUUUCACGGUUGUUGAUGCUGCUAACAGUUAGCGGAACCUAUUCAACCACGUGCUACACACCUCUUUGUUAUUUAGGUGGAGGUGAUUGUGCACAAGAGCAACACAUCCAAACUCACACCCACGCACUUCGUCAUCUUCAACAAAUUUUCUCCUUUCAUUCAAAAUAUCUGGUAGUACCUCGCGGAAACAGAAAAACACAAGACCAACACCAUGCACAGCAGCUUCACCUCUUCCACGGGUGACGACGGGCCGCGGCACGGCGUGAAGCUCGCACCGUUCCUCACGCGAUCUUCGUCCACCGGCACGGUGCCUUUCUCUGACGCGGCGGCCUCACGGCACAGUCACACGAACGACAGCGACUGCUUCCGUGACACGCACCCUCGCGACGCGUCGGAGCUCUUCCAGGUCGUCAUCGACGGCGACGAUGGCGGGGUGGAGAUGCACCGCGUGCAUGACCGCAUCGAGGCUGCGCUGCGCGUCCGAUCUCUCUACCAGCCCUUCGAAGCACGUCUCGGUGGACGUGACCGCGUGAACCCGUACCUGAGCUCCCCGAUUCCGAGUCGGGUUACCAUCUCCCAGGAGAACGGAAUGUACCAUGUCUCCGAGCACGACGUGUCGUUGUAUCUGUCCAUUCCGUCUUGGACGGAGUACGCGCUGGAUGUGCAGCGCGUGCGGCUGACCGUCGGCAACGGCGGCUGCAUCAAGUCCUGCCAUCACCGCCUCGGCAUUAUGCAGGAGCGCUCUCGGAUGUUUUUCCUCCUCAAUGCGGAGAUGGAGGAACAGCCGAACUACCACAAAGGUGGCGGUGUCUUCUCCACCGCCACGAAGGUGGACAACGCUGUCGUGUUUGCCGAGUCCAUGGACGCGCAGCAGCUGCUGGACGCGGUGAAGGAGGUCUACCGCCGUACGCCCGAGGCGCCAAUUCGGCUGCGCGACGGGUCGAACAUGACCUUGCACGAGCUGCUUGACACACACGGCGUGGUCAACGCGGAUGACCUCACGGUGGCUGGGCUGUGCUGGCAGCGCGGCGAGGAUAUGCUGCCCAGCGGCCAAAUUGGCUCGUCUAACUACGGGACGAUGGCCGCCCUCGGCGCAGAGCUGCACUUUACGUUUACGGACCUGCGCGGCUCCCUGUCGGGGCGUGUGCUGCGCCGCGUUGUGGCACGGGUGGAGCAGCCGUCGCAAACACCGCAGGGCGCCGAGUACACUCUGCCGCUCUUCGGCGUGCACUCGCACGAGGUGAGCGAGCUGGCGGAGUUUCUCCGGCGCCGCGUGGAGGGGCCGCACUCGCGGGUGCGCUACAUCUUGAACGUCUCCUUCACCGCCACGCCCUCUUUUGAGGUGUUGAGCAACUGCGAGACGGUGCAGGAUCAACUCGACAACGUCUUUCUGCCGCUGUUUAAGGCGACGCUGGCCCCUGACGUCCCGGAGAACGCCAACGUGGCGUGGCUGAUCGACCAGGUCGGUGGGGUACAGCUGCAAUGCGGGCGCGACGAUGUCGAGAACGACUUCAACGAGGCCGCACCGCCGCCGGGCGAAGUCCCCGUCUCCGCAAAGCAGUCGGAGCUGUACUACCUCUAUUACCUCUACGCGAAUCUCAGCGUACUGAACAGUUUGCGGCGACGCAAGGGCCAGGACGCGCUGCAGCUGCGCUGUACGGGCAACAAGCCCACCGGGAUGGACGACUUAAUCGGUGGCUACAUGCUCGCCGACGUCAUCACCCGCGCGACGAAGGUGACCGACUACCCGGUGCUGCAGUACCUGUGCGGCCUCCACCGCGUCGGGCUGACCGUAUCCCCCCUCUGCGACCACAUGGAGGGCACCGUGAGUUACAAGAGUCAUCCCCUUCCGAACUUCCUGCACCGGUGUCUGCACAUCGCGAUCUCGACCGAGUCGCCGCUGCGGUACCACCACAACCCCCGCGCGCUCGUCGAGGAGUACGCGACGGCGCAGAAAAUCUUUCGCCUGAGCUCGCUCGACGUGACCGAGAUGGCGCACAACAGCGUCCUCAUGUCAUCCUUCUCUAGUGACGUGAAGCGGCAGUGGCUCGGCGACGGCUACCAACUGGGCGUGGAGGGGAACAACUUCGAGCGCAGCCACGUCACAAACGCGCGACUGACCUUCCGUGAGGAGGCGUGGCAGCUGGAGCGCAACAUGAUGCGCGACCUGCACCUCAAACCCGUCCACGAGGUCGGCGCCGGCCUCAGUCGCUGGCACUACCUGAGCAGCGUACAGGAGGUUGAGUACGACACCGUGAUGGACACGCGGGUACGCUUCCCACGCACGGUGCUGAAGGGCCCUCACAGCGAUCUGAAGGCGGCGAUGGCGGCACCGCGGGUGGCGCGAGCGCUCGACCUGCGCCACCAGUACAUCUGGCGUCCGCCACCGCCGUGGGAGUCGACGCAGCGGCACGGUGUCGAGACGGACUUCCAGCGCCGCACGGCGACCUUCAACGAGGACGAGUGGACCUACGCAGCGAGCGACGCCGUUUUUAUCGCGUACCCGAAGAGCGCCGUGCACGCCUGGCCGCGCUCGCUGCCGACGCUUGACGACUUUCAUCAGCACCUGCGCGAGCUGCGUGCGAUAUGCAGUGGCCCGGAGGUGAAGGAGUACGCGCACAAGCGGCUCGAGAACCUCGACCACAAGUUUCGCCUCCACCUCGCCCUCAACCACGAAAACGAAGCCGGCACGACGGAGGACCGGCUGUCGUCGAACCGAGACUUCUACCAGGCUACUAAGGUGGACACGCACAUCCACAUGGCAGCGGGCAUGACCCCAAAGAAAAUCCUUCAGUUUGUGCUCGCCAAGCUAAAGGAGAGCGGCGACGACAUCGCGAUGAAGAAGGGCGACGAGAUCAUCACCUUGGGGCAGCUCUUCUCGAAGGCCGGCAUUACGCCGAACCUCACCGUGGACCAGCUCAACGUGCAGGCCGAUCACACCCUCUUUGAGCGCUUCGACAACUUCAAUAACAAGUACAACCCGAUGGAGAACGGCGACCUGCGCUCGCUGAUGCUCAAGACGGACAACUUCAUGAACGGCCGCUACUUCGCGGAACUGAUCCACGACGUCUUCGAGCAGUACUCGCGCGAUCGCUACACCUACGCCGAGAACCGCGUUUCAGUCUACGGCAUCAACAUCAAGGAGUGGGACAAGCUGGCGAAUUGGUUUGCCACCCACGGCAUGGCGAACAAGCACAACAAGUGGAUCAUCCAAGUGCCGCGUGUCUACAAAGUGUUUCGGGCGCAGAACGUCAUCGGUAGCUUUGGGCAGUACCUGCAGAACAUUUUUCAGCCGCUCUGGGAGGCCUCGCUGCACCCCAGCGAGCACCCGACCCUGCACAAUUUUCUGAACCACGUGAGCGGCUUCGACUCCGUCGACAACGAGGCCACGAUCGACUUGCCCUUCACCACAGUGUCGCCGUGGGCGUGGACCUCAGUGGAGAACCCGCCCUACAAUUACUACCUCUACUAUCUCUACGCGAACAUCCGCACACUGAACGAGUUCCGUGCCUCGCGUGGCUUUUCCACCUUCGCCCUGCGUCCACACUGCGGUGAGUCGGGGUCCGAGGAGCACCUCUACGGCGCCUUCCUGUGCGCCAACAGCAUCUGCCACGGCAUCAACCUCCGCAACGACCCGCCGAUGCAGUACCUCUAUUACCUCACCCAGAUCGGCCUCCACGUCUCCCCCCUGAGCAACAACGCGCUGUUCUUGUACUUCUUGAACAACCCUUUCCCUGACUUUUUCCGCCGCGGUCUCAACGUCUCGCUGAGCACGGACGACCCGAUGAUGUUCCACCAGACGCAGGAGCCGCUCAUCGAGGAGUACAGCAUCGCGGCGCGAGUGUGGGGUUUAAGCGCCAAUGACCUCUGCGAAAUCGCCCGCAAUUCCGUGCUGCAGUGCGGCUUCGACAACGCUUUCAAGCGCAGCGCCAUCGGUGACCGCUGGUUUCUGUCGUCUUCGCUGGGCAACGAUCCUCUGCGCACCCACCUGUCUGACAUCCGCGUUGCCUUCCGCUUCGAGACGUACCACACCGAGAUGCAGCAGCUGGAGCUGUGCUGCGGGCGGCCCGUGUCGCGGUUUAUGAUGACUGCUGCCGAGGAGCGGGCCAUCGACGUGGAAAUCGUAGAUGUGCGCCGCGAGCACAUCCUGCUCUCCACGCAUGACCAGGUGAUGGAGGUGAUGCUGCGCGAGAUGGAAGAGAACAAGUCGCAGAUCCUGCUCGCUCGCACGCAGAUCGAUCAGCUGCGCCGGCAGCAGCGCUCCCUGCUGGAGAAUAUCACCGAAAUCGGACUGCAGCGGCAAGAGGCGGAGGAGGCGGCUGCGGUGGAGGAGAGAGCUCGCACGGCGUCAAAAGGGCCGCUCUACGUUCGGGAUAAGGCGCACGGCGACGGCCGCGGCAGGCAGUCAGUGCGCUCCAGCGUUGACAGCGUGCAGUGCCCGACACAGCAGAGUGAGACGUUGAAGCGGCUUCUGCGGUGGAAGCCGAUGCCGACGGAUCUGAUGCGCUCCGUCACGCAGGCGAGCGUGAGCGGGACACGUGGACGCCCGCUACCUCCGCUGCCGGGUCGUGCGUCGAACGACGGCACCGGGUAUUUCCCGCGACCUCCGCCCGCGACGUACUGA